AUGCCCGCCACCACCGCCACUGUGCUGCUUCUCCCUGGCGUCCUGCUUCUGGCCUGGCUGCCCACCAGCCCAGCCCACCACGGCCACCCAUUCUGGGGGCCCCCACAGUCCCAUAGGACCCCCCGCUGCUACUCAGCCGAGGAGCUGCCCCAUGGCCAGCCUCCGCCACACCUGCUGGCUCGAAGUGCCAGGUGGGAGCAGGCCUUGCCUGUGGCCCUGGUGUCCAGCCUGGAGGCGGAGGGACACAGGCGGCAGCACAAGGGGCCCCUGGCUGGGCCUCAGUGCCCCGUGCUGCGGCCAGAGGAGGUGCUGACGGCAGACACUCACCAGCGCUCCAUCUCACCCUGGAGAUACCGCAUUGACACGGACGAGAACCGCUACCCGCGGAAGCUGGCCUUCGCGGAGUGCCUGUGCAGAGGCUGCAUCAGCACCAGGACCGGCCAGGAGACAGCUGCGCUCAGCUCCGUGCGGCUGCACCAGAGCCUGCUGGUGCUGCAUCGCCGGCCCUGCUCCCCAGGCGGGGCCGAGGCCGCCUCGCCCGGGGCCUUCGCCUUCCACACAGAGUUCAUCCGCGUGCCGGUGGGCUGCACCUGCGUCCUGCCCAGGUCGGUGCCGUGA